AUGGAAAACACGUCUAAAGUUAAUAUAUUUUUGCGUAUAAGACCACCUAGUUUGUGGGAAACAUCAUCACCAAUGAAAACAUAUAUAGAUUUCGAUAAAAGUACGAAGAAAAUGAUUAUUUUGGAAAACAAUGCAUACCUUUUUGAUCGAAUCUUCUAUUCUAACUCAAAUAACAAGGAAAUCUUUUAUAAUCUGGAAUCUAAUGUUGAUCAUUUAUUAAAUGGAUACAACAACUGUAUCUUGGCUUAUGGACAAUCCGGAGCUGGAAAAACCUUCACGAUGGGCUUAAAUGAAAAGGAUGAGAAAAGUCUUGGAUUGAUAUCUUUAUCUCUAGACUCAAUAUUUCAUAAAAUCAAAGAAAAAAGCAAAUCAGCUACAAAUGAUGGCGAAUAUUCAAUCAGUGUAUCGUACAUCGAAAUUUACAAUGAAAAAGUUUAUGAUUUACUCAGUGAAAAGAGCUCAGAUUCGAUUCAUACUAAAGGAACAAAAUAUUCAGGAUCUACUAAAGUUCCAAUUCAAAAUUCAUCUGAAGCUAAACAGCUACUUCUUAAAGGAAAUAAAAAUAGACAUGUUCGAUCAACACUUAUGAACGCUGCAAGCUCAAGAUCUCAUGCAAUGUUUACAAUAAUGCUUACUGUAAAAUCAGAUAAUAGCGAACGAUCGUCAGUCCUACAUUUAGUAGAUUUAGCAGGAAGUGAAGGAUUGCGUAAAACAAAUCAUUCAGGCAUAGCUCAACAAGAAGGUGUUCAUAUCAAUCAAGGCUUAUUGGCUGUUUGCAAAGUUGUUCAAGCUUUAAGCAGUGGUAAAAAUUUAGUGCCAUAUCGCGACAGCAUUCUUACAACUGUCUUACAAGACUGCUUGAAUUUAGAGUCAUUCUUUACACUCAUCGCAUGUAUCUCACCGGCUCGAAAAAAUAGAGGUGAGACAUUAUCAUCAAUUCGGUUCGCACAGUCAUGCAAGAAUCUAGACAACAAGAUGUUACCAGAAAUGAACGAGUUCUUAAAGGAAAAACAGCGCUUAGAUGCUCGUACACCACUCAAGCCUUACAUGCUUCCAACAACGAAGAAUGAUAAAGCAAAAACGCCUGGAAAAUUUGGACUUUCAAGCUUGAAACCACCAUUAUCAACUAUUAAAAAACCAGCUGUUCCUAAUCGCUGUACUUCAUUCAUCACUCCAUCAGCUAAGAAAGUACCAAUGUCAAAAUCCAGGUACACAGAUCUUGGAGAUCUUGCUGAUUUGAGUACUUUUAAUCAAUUAGCUCCAAAAGAAGCUUUCCAACCGCCAAAAGAAUCAAUUGACAAUCAAACCUUUAAUAUCAUGAACGUAUCAACCUCAACAGAAGUUGAUGGAGCAACAAAUUCAGUAUCACGUUUCGGAUCUACUUCAAAUUUAGCUAGUUUGCAGGCAGCGCCAGUAGUGAGCUUCAGUCCUUUGAUGAGGCGUAUUGAAGAAACAAUCGACAAUAAAUUGUCAAUAUUUAUGGAAUCUUUUCGAAAUCAAACAUCUACUAAUAUUGAAUCUACUGUUGUCGUUCAUCAGCAAAUGAAAGAUGCUGUAAUGAAUGGAAUAGAAGAAGUUAGAAAAUCUCUUGAUCAAUCAGUCUUUGAAAUCACAUCAGCUCCAGUUUGCUCAACUGUAGAACGUAAACCAGCCAGUCCACAAUACGAACCAAUACUUAAUCAAGCAAGGAGAACAAAUCGUCGAUUACUGACUGUUGAUUUGACUACUGAUUCUUCCUUUAAAGCUGUUGAGGAAAAUAAAGAAAACGAAGUCAAAGUUUUUGAUGCAUUCUCUCCCGAUUGUAACAAAACGAUUGUUCAUCCAACACGUCGCAGUACAAGAAUUUCAGAUAUGCGUAAUGUCAUGCAAAAUAAAUCAAACAAAUCAGUUAAGGUCGAGGAAAAAGUUUCGCGUUCUGUAAAGAGACAAGUAGUUAAAAAUCAAAUCGUUGCUUCAUAUUAUGGCCAAUCCACUGAAAAUAUCACAAAAGUUACAAAACAUGAUCACAAAACUGCAAUAAUGGAAAUGCUCAAUACAGGAUCAGUGAAAGAUUUACAACUUUUGCCAACAAUAGGAGCAAAGACAGCAUAUCAACUAGUCAGUCACAGAAUGGUAAAAGGAAAGUUCAAAACUCUUAAUGAAGUCAAAAAGGCUUUAAUGAUGAAGGAUAAAGCUUGGGAUAAUUUCUUGAAGAAAAACUUAUUGAAUUGA